GCUUCGCGCUGUAAAAUUAAAAAUUUAUCUAUUGACAUCAAAGUGCAAGGGAACAACAAUAUCCAACGUCAACAUCAACGUCGAGGUUUAUAUUUGCGCUUCGUAAUCCCAUAUUCAACUGCCUAUUUUUAGAUUGAUUGAUGGAGUUUCGUAGCCAGAUUCAUCCACUUUCUCUAGUGUUGUCCUAAUGCCCCUUUGAAUUCUCAAUCUGCAAGGACGGCCAUUCGAAGGAGCUUCUCAGCUCCACCAUAGUCAACAUGUCUUACCGAUUUUCGAACAUGAGCUCGUCGCCAUCCACUCCCGACAGAGGCUCCAGAAAAGGCACGUCUGGUUUCGGUUACACUGCAGAGCACCCCUCCACUACUCCAAUCGGUCAUCCUCCGCCCUCUUCUGCUCCGUCCUUCACCCCAGCUGGCGAACCGUCUCCUUCUUAUUUACAGAGUUCUAUCGGCGCCAUGACAGGCAAGAUUAAGACCCCGAAUUUUGGAAGACCAAAUCUAUCACAAUCCAAGCCAAGUCGCAGUAACGCGCCUCUUGGGAGAUCAAUUCGAGGAUCUGCAAGACAGCCUUCUGGUCUUAGCAGGGAAUAUCACGGAGAAGAUGAGGAUGAUGACGAAGAAGAGGAUGAAGAGUACGAUGAUGGCAGAAGAGGAAAUGCACGGGUGAAUCGUGCAGGUACCUACGGUAUAUCAUACGAUGACACGACCGAAGGCGAAGAUACCGAACCUGAUACCACGAACCCACUAGACGAUGAAGAUGAAGACGACGAGGACGAAGAUGAUGAUAUGGAUAUCAUGGAGGAUGAUGGAGCUGAUUAUGAUUUUGAAGAACAUUUACUGAGGGAACUAGCUGACACUGAGCCUUAUGAUGACCCAUUAGCUGAUGGCGACCUAAUGAUGCUUACGACAACCGCUGCCGACGAACGUAUUAGUAGGGAAGCCGAUGACAUUUUCCGAGCUUCGUCCAUGCGCUCUACCGCGGCCCGAAAGCGAGAGUUGAAGUACGCUUCCCUUGCGAAGGACUUGUACAGCCAAUCAUCGUUCGCGGAGAUAUCUGAGCCGGAUACGGUCAUAAUCCAAACCGAAGAGGUCAUCAACAAGCUCUACGACGAGGGCGUAGGUUCCGAGGACGAUGAGGAGAAACUUGAUGAUACCUUGGCUCAUGCUUGUGUUAAACUUGUCACUGAAAUAUGGAAUCCAUAUUUGGAAGACCUCCCUGACGUCCAUGAUGAGCAUGCGGCCAAGGUAGGACCAAGCGCUCAAGCACCACCCUUUGUGAAGGCUCUGUACCUGGCUACAUUAGCCCUCCGCAUUCACCAUACACCUACAACCAACGAUGACUUUGGCGGGGCUAGAAAUCGGUUACUACCUGCUAUUCUUUUUGAUUGGCAGGAGGACGAGCACAAUCUUGAUCCGGAGCAGAUAAAUUCUGUCCUACGCCACCGUCCCUCUCCCGCGGCGCAUGGACUGUUCUGGCAAGUCGUUUUUAAUGCCCUCGUACGUGGCAAUAUUUCCAAGACAGUCGAACUUCUCAGAUUUGCUGGCUGGGAGUCUGUCAAGAAGUCACCACGCGGCGAAUCCGUUUAUAGUGGCCAGGUUUUAGCUAAUAUCAAACGCGUGGUCGAGGAUUUAUGCCUAGUCAUAGAGAUGUGUCCAGCACAUACCAAUGGAAGCUGGGAUAUCCAAAACAGUGAUUGGACCUUGUUCCGCCUGAAGGCCAAAGCUGCUAAGGAAGGACUUAUCACAUUCACCGAAGGAAAAGAGCGAACUUUCUCGUCGAACCGAUUUAGUGAUUCCGAUUUCGGCGACUCUGUAGAUGGACGACAAUCGCUCGCGGGACUUGCUCGAAAAGCAGAAAGCAGAAUUCCUUGGGACGUAUACGAAAAUCUUCAAUCUCUCUACGCUAUUCUCGUUGGAGAAUCAGAGGCUAUUCUUACGGCUGCACAAGAUUGGUGUGAGGCAACUAUUGGCUUGUUCGGGUGGUGGGACAAUGGCCACAACCAACGGAACCUUGGCCUAUCCCAUCCAAGAUCGCUUCAGAUGGACGGUCAGCCUGGAGGAGAUGACGACUUCCUAGAUCGCCUUUCCCUUUCCCUUCAAACUGCCACGGAAACUAAUUUUCACAUUAAUUCUGCUGAUUCUGUCGAAGUAUCCGUCGCUUCAGCAUUUGAGGGUAAUAUUGAAGGCGUUAUCGGGUUUUUAAGAUUGUGGUCACUACCCCUCGCGUCAUCGGUGGCUGAGGUUGCUUCGUUGGGUCGAUGGCUGCCUCCGCAAGAGCCGCAGAAUCUCAUUAACAUGAGUGAUUUUGAUAUGGAAGAGUUAGAAGUUCUAGGGAUGAACCAGAGCACGGGGUCGGACGAGAAAGACGGAAUCAAGGAUACAACCCUAAUCCAUUAUGCUCGUAGUCUAAAGGAUUGCAAGCAUAUAUCAGGUCUUGGUCUACAAGGCAAAGUUUCCAGAGAAGGAUGGGAGAUGGCAGUUCAGGUCGUUGGCCGAAUGGAUUCUCCCGAACGCUCCGAGCAGUUGGUGCAAGAAUUAUUACAGGGCGUGCUGGGCACAAUCAAUGAGGACUCUCGUGAGACAGUUGAUAAGAUCUGGAGACUAUUGAACGAACUUGGAAUGAUCAAUUUUGCUGAAGACACGGCUGAGUCCUUCGGUGAUAUACUCGCAAAAGACACAUUCCGUUUUGGCGAGGCUCUCUGGUAUUACGCCUUAGCGCACCGUCCUGGCAAGGUCCGCGACGUUCUUAACACUUUAACUUCUAUCUCUCUUGUGGAAUCCACAACGUAUCCGCCAGAGAGUGAGUUAGAUGAUACCCUAAAGGAACUACUGAGAGAGCGUACAGCAACGUUGGAGCAGUUCGCGAAGCGAGAUCUCGAGGCAGCAGAACUUCUUGGCAAGAUGCUAAGUGGGUAUGCUACGCUCAGAAAAUUCUACGAACUUCGUGACGGAGACGGCAAAACGAGACAGAAAUCCCUAUUGUCCCGUCAACAAGCCGCUACCGCCUUGACAGCCGUCAUUGCUAGCGCUGAUGACAAUAUCCGAGGUGGUCUAUACGACGACACGCGCGAUGCGGUAGUUAGUGAAGAUUUCUUGCUGGCAUUGCUGGGUGAGGCUUCGGUGUUUGUGGGUCAGUCGCCACCAGUGAUUACUCUCGACCAAAUCGAUACUCUACUCAAAGCUAUCGAGGAUAUUCAAACCGUCGGGUCUCGGGUCUAUGACGCCUCCGAUGAAUUCUUCAAGUUAGUCCUCACCUCGGGGCACGGGAAGGGAUCGACGCCCGCAGAUCUUCUUAAACAAUCUACGUCUUCUUUGGGUGGCAGUUUUAUGAUGACCGGCAGCUCAAUGAUUGCUUCUCAGCUCCGGCAGUCCGUAGUCAAGAGCGGUGUUAUGAAGGGUCCUGUUAAGCGAGCUUGGGAUUGGAGAACAAGCGUGCUCUCGGGUAGCAGCUCUAGUGAUGUGCUGAGGCAGAUUAGACUAGGUCUAACAAGGGACCUAGCCAACCUUUGGCUUGAACAAGCGGAUAGUGUCAUCCUAUAAUAAUAAUGGCCUACCGUGCAGUUCGGAGCUUGAGAAGAUCCUUCACAGGUAGUACAGCAUUGAGUUGGCGUUUGGCGGCGUUGAGAACCGGAGAGCCAUGAUUGGCUAAUGUACCGAGUAAUACUAUCACGA